GCAGUUCUCAGCUGUAGCAACCGUCGCUCAAAUACCUGGUCGUCCGUCCUAGCUGGUUGGCAAAGACCGUCACCCCAAAAGUCGCAAUCAUGAACGUCUUCCAACUCGUAAUGAAAAAGAAAGAACUUAUUCCUUUGAUCGCGUUUGUGGGUGUUGCUGGAUUUGGAGCAGCCUACAUGUCCAUAUAUUCCCUUCUCAAAGCUGAUGUGAUUGUUAACAGACACACAAAUCCAGAACCAUGGGAAAAUGUGAAUCCUUCCAAGCCUCAAAAGCUUGUCACAAUUAACCAAAAGUGGGAGCCUAUUGAAGAACUGCAGACUGUCAAACAGUUGACCAAAUGAAGAGUCUUCAUCUAAAGAACACUCUAUGAAUCUAGCGGAAACAUUUCUGCACAAACUAUACUACUGAAACCAGUGUGCGGAAGUGCUUCUGCUACAUUUUUAGGGUCUCCCUACAUUUUGGUCUCUGAAUUCCUUUUUGUAUAAAAUGUAUGUAGCUCAUUAAAAUAUUCAUGAGGAUUGUUCG